AUUCACAUUUCUUAGUCGGACGUUAUCACUAUCGGUGAAAAGGCCAUCCGAGACUAGAAGGAUAAUCGACACGGAUGCAAAUUUGUCGUGAGGCAGUUCGACAUGCCGUUCCCAGGCUUAGAAUCGGCCCUCUCCGACUCACACAGGAGAAAAUGUGCCGAUGUGCUAUACGGUUGUACACCACCUCUGGCCCUGUCCGGACAUUGGUCGUUCACCUGAGGAAAUUUUCCAGAUCGACGAGCAUGGCUACAACGGCCGCAGACAGUGCUUCUGCACUUAUUAACAAGAAUAUCUCUGAAAACAAAGUUUUCAUAUUUAGCAAGAGCUGGUGUCCCUUCUGCACCAAGACCAAAGAAUUGCUAAAAGAGCAUUCGAUUUCAUUUUCUCAUAUUGAACUCGAUGCAGUUGAUGGAGGGGACGAAAUCCAGCAAAAGUUAUUGGACAUGACAGGGCAGAAAACAGUUCCAAGUAUUUUUAUAAAUGGAAAGCAUAUUGGUGGUUUUUCUAAUCUUAAUGCAAUUGCCGAAGUUGGACUACUGUAUGAUACAGUCAUGGGAAUUCCGUAUGAAUACGAUUUAUUCGUAAUCGGUGGCGGCUCGGGAGGAAUAGCCGCUGUUAAAGAAGCCAGAAAGUAUUCCAAAAAAGUAGCCCUCUGCGACUUUGUUCAUCCCAGCCCGAGAGGAUCGAAAUGGGGCAUUGGUGGGACGUGCGUAAACGUUGGUUGCAUUCCUAAAAAACUUAUGCACAGGGCUUCGUUAAUUCACCACGAUCUGGCUGAUGCUGCAUCCUUCGGAUGGCCAACAUCCAAGGAGCCCCACAAUUGGAAUACAUUGGUUGAAAACAUUGGCAAUUAUAUCAAAUCAUUAAAUUUUAAUUACCGCAAAGAGUUACGUAAAAAUGAAAUCCCUGUUAUGAAUGGGUAUGCUGAAUUCGUUGAUAAUCACACUGUUCAGGUUACUGACGCUUCUGGUAACACAAAAAAUGUUACCAGUCGCAUGUUCAUCAUUGCGUCAGGCUUGAGACCCUUUUAUCCGAACAUAAGCGGCGCCAAAGAAUAUUGUAUUACAUCAGACGAUUUAUUUUCACUGAAAAAUAACCCAGGUGAAACGUUGAUCGUUGGAGCCUCAUAUAUAGCACUUGAAUGUGCUGGAUUUUUAGCAGGACUCGGUAUACCUUGUACUGUUAUGGUCCGGUCAAUUCUUCUGCGUGGGUUUGAUCAAGAGAUUGCUGAAAAAAUUGGGAAAAGCAUGAAAGAUCUUGGUAUAAAGUUUGUUAGACCCUGCAUUCCAACGAAUGUAACAAAGGAGGGUGAAAAAUUGAAAGUGGAAGGAACUUACGAUGACGGAAAACCGUUUGCAGAAUUAUACGACACAGUAAUGUUCGCCACAGGCCGAGAAGCCCAGACUGACAGUUUGGGAUUGAAAAAUGCCGGAAUCUUUGUGAAUCCUAAAUCAAAAAAGAUUUUUGUGAACAAUAAAGAACAAACGACAGCUCCUAAUAUAUUUGCAAUUGGGGAUGUGGCUGAUGUCGGCCUGGAACUGACACCGGUUGCCAUCAAGGCAGGAAGAUUGCUUGCAAAGCGUUUGUUUGGUAUCUCGACUGCGCUUAUGGACUAUACAAACGUCCCCACUACUGUGUUCACCCCUCUUGAGUACGGAUGCGUUGGAUAUUCUGAAGAAUCGGCACGAGAGAAGUACACAGACGUUGAAGUGUUUCACAACAUUUUCAAGCCGUUGGAGAGCGUAUUGUCUGAACGCUUUGAUUCCUUAUGCUUCGCAAAAUUAGUCUGCAAAAAGGAAGACAAGAAGUGGAAAGUGAUUGGAUUGCACGUUCUUGGACCAAAUGCUGGUGAAAUUACCCAAGGUUUCGCUCUAGCUCUGAAAAUGGGCGCAAGUAAAGAUGAUUUCGAUAGUCUAGUUGGCAUCCAUCCAACCAAUGCCGAGGUAUUUACUACUAUGACUAUUACUAAGUCCUCAGGAGAGGUGUUGGACACUGGAGGUUGCUGAGGUUAAUUUCAGCUUUAUUCUUCACUGCUAUCUACACAAUUUAUUCUAAAAUAGUUGUGUAGUGAAGAAUAGAGCGUAUUUUUCUUAAACUUGUGUUUUCGGCUAUUGGUACACUAUAGUUAUUUUAUGACUGGUAUUGACUAAACCAUUUUGGUGUUGAUACCACGAGGUUUCUACUAUAUGUGAACAGUAGUUAUAAAACACACACACACACACACACAAAAAGCUUAAAUUUCACAAUGUUGUAUUGUUCAAAAGGUAUCUACAAAGAAAAUGAAAGAAAAAGGAGAAAAAAAAGGUUAAAAUAU